AUGAUACAUUCAACGGCAUUGGCUCGCCUGCGGGUGUCGAGACAGUCUGUCGCUGUUACUCCAAGGUUGUUGUGCUCACAUCAUGUCAAAGUUUCCGGACAAGCAGUGUUCCACUGUCCAAAAUAUACAUCCCGGUCAUUCACAUCUCAACCAAACAGCUCUGACAUAAACACCACAUUUCAACCUGGAAAUAGACUGUCGGGUCGAAAAUGUCUGAUCACAGGCGGCACAUCAGGCAUUGGAUAUGCUAUCGCGGAGCGAUUCCUGCAAGAAGGGGCAUCGACGAUAGUCCUAGUAGGCCGAUCCCACAAGCGCCUGGAAGAGGCAGCAUCAAGACUGGCACCGUUCGCGAACAAAUCACCUUCGCUUGAAGAACCCAGUGACAAGAUUGCCACUCGCGCUCCAGAAGAAGACAGCCAGCAGCCUACGCAAGGCAACAUCCGUCUACUCGUCGGUGACGCCAAUGUAGAUAUCCUUGUCAACGCAGCGGGAAUCUCGAUAUCAAACAUUCUACCGAGGUCCGAGCUCGAGGAUAUAUCAACAAUUCUCCGCACCAACCUCGAAGGCGCAAUGUUGACUUCACGAGCGUUGAUGCGAGCAUCGAUUCGCAGCCGUAUCCGCAAUAGGAGUGAUCCCGCUGCAGGACAGAAGAUUCCCUCUAAAUGCAUUAUCAAUGUCUCCUCUCUGCUCGCACAGAAAGGUGGAACCGGGGCAGUUCCCUACGCUGCAUCCAAAGCUGGGCUUCUGGGUCUGACUCGAUCAAUUGCCGCUGAAGCAUCUGCCUCGAUGAAAGACAUCGUCAUUCGGUCGAAUGCCAUCGUACCGGGAUAUAUCGAAACGCCCAUGGUUGCAGAUUUCACGCCCGGCGAAACAAGCAGAUUGAAGGCUCUCAUCCCACUUCACAGAUUUGGAGAUCCGCGCGAGAUCGCGGAUGCAGCUGUUUUCUUGGCGCAGAACGAGUAUGCCAAUAACUGUGUACUGAAUCUGGACGGAGGAUUGAGUGCUGUGUAG